AUGUUAUAUGUAGCAGAAGGCUCUGGGCUGGAAUUGUCUGCCAAUGUAGGAUUUGACACCCCUCUUCUUUUUCCUAUUUUUCUAGAAACAAUGCCAAGAAUGGAAAGGCCUCCGUUCUCUACUCUUCUCCCUCUCUUACUGUUGGCCUUGAAGAGCCUCAGCUUGAUGAGCUGGGCAUGGACCACCCCUGAUUGCACCAUAGCAGACAGCUCCCUGUUGCCUAAUCUCUCCUAUUACAUCCCAUCCUGUUCCCUGGCCCCAGGACUUCAUCUUUUUGCAUCAUGCUCCAAUGUGAAAGACCUGGUUAAGACUCUGACACCAGUGCCCCGAGAUAUAGAGGCGCUAUGCCUCCAGGGCACAGUUCCUAUCCUGCCUUCCGAUGCCUUUGGUUACUUCCCCUCCUUACAGCUUCUGAGACUGCAGCUGGGCACCAUCAGGAUUACAUCUGGGGCAUUUCAAGGGUUGCACCAGCUGCAGCACCUUUCCUUUGAGCAUCAUGCUCCAUGUUGCCUGAAUCUUUUCCUCUCUCCAGAUGCCCUGGAGCCCCUCACAUUCCUCAGCAGCCUUUUGUUUCAAGGGUACUGUCUGAAUUAUAGCCAGAACAUCCAGUUGCCAACCAGCCUUAGUCAUUUGACCCUCAGAAACAGCUGUUUAACAGAGCUGCAGGAAUUGCAAGGGCUCUUCCCGAACCUUGUUCCUGGUUCCUCUCCUACAGCCAGCCCCGAACCAUCAUCCCCCUUCCUUGAGGUGCUGGAUCUGUCUGACAAUGUACAGCUGAGCCAGGUGGGUGUCAGAGCCUUGCAUGGACUUCAGCUCCAUUCUCUAAGAUUGGAUGGCACCCCACUAAGUGCAUUAGGCCUCCUAGGCUCAGGACUACUCCACUUGGACUCUCUCUCCCUUGUGGGUACAGGUCUAGAAAAACUGCCUGGGAAUGUGACAAGCUACUUUGAGCUUCGUGCACUCAACCUUGGGAGCAACCAAAUUCAGAACAUAGAAGAUGGGGAUCUCCUAAGCUGCUGCUCCCCGGAACUCCUCAGCCUUCAUGCCAAUGGCCUGCAGUUACUUCCCAUAAGUUUUCUGAGUGCCCUGCCCCAGCUUCAGAGGCUCAACCUCUCAAUGAAUAAGCUGGGACCAACCUUGGUGCUCCCAAAAGGGCUGGUCAGCUCAAACCUGAGAGUGCUAGAUCUGUCCCACAAUGAGCUCUGUGUUCUGCCCAGUGGGGCCUUCUCCUCUCUUCCUCAACUCCAGGAGCUCUGGCUGAGUGGCAACAACAUCUCUAACUUAUCCAGUGAGAACCUGGAGGGAUUGAGGUGGCUGAAGACUCUAGACCUGAGUUGGAACCAAAUUAAGGUGCUAAAACCAGACUGGCUGUCCUCUCUUCCUGCUCUCGUCUCACUGAACCUCUUGGGCACCCAUUUAGAGCACAUCUCAGGUAGGCAGCUCCAGGGUCCUCAGAAGCUGAGCCAUCUGCAGCUGGGUUCUACUGAGAUGCUGGAGAUCUACCCUCCCUGACCUUCAGCACUACUCAGCUUGGAGGUGUGGGCACAAGGAUGGAUCCAGUUUAGUGUCCCCAGUGGUGAACCCUUCUUAUUCUUAGAGAACCUUACCUUACAAACUCCCAGUAUUUUGCUGCUUCAAAACAACAUCACAGUCCAUUUUCCUUCCCUGCGUCACCUUACUUUGAGAGGCUGCAGUGCCUAUAUUUUCUCAGGCCAGCAAUCCCGGAGAUUCUUUCCACAGCUUCCUCUCCUGGAGCACUUGCACUUCUGGUCUGAUCAUGGGGGCACAGAAAACAUGCGUUUAUUUGGCAUGCCCAGGCUGCGAGUGCUGGAGCUGGGGGACCUAAACUUCCUCUAUGAGUUAGGUGCAGUGAAGCUGGAAGUGAUCCUGAAGGAGCUGCCUCAGUUGCAGGUCCUGGCAUUGAGCAACCUGAACCUUGGGAACCUCUCUGUCUCCAGCUUCAGGGAUUUGGGACUCCUCCAGUUGCUACUGCUCAACUCUGAAUGGAUACUGGGGUUGGACAGCAGCCUCCAGGAGCUAAUCCCCCAAAUGCCUCAAUAUGUUUAUUUCUCAGAUGUCACCUUCACCUGCCAGUGUGAAAGCUCUUGGGUGGGGCCUUGGGCAACACGGGCCCCAAACACCUUUGUGUAUGGGUUAGAGAAAUCCAUCUGCAUGGCCAAUGCCUCUGACUACUCGAAGACUCCACUACUCUCCUUCCAUUCUGGUCACUGCCCACAUGAUCCUGAGUUUCGGGGCUUUCUCAUCAGUUUCACCCUGGUGUUCCUGUUGAUCAUCUUUGCAUUGCUUGGCUGCCCCAAAUGGCCCUGGCUUCAUCACCUCCGGACUCUAUUUCAUGCCUGGUGGUGGAAAUUGGGUGGGCAGGGCCCCAGAGGCCAAUUCCCCUAUGAUGUCUUCGUAUCCUACUGUGAGCAGGACCAAGCCUGGGUCCUGGAAGAACUGGUUCCUGCCCUGGAGAAGCCUCCUCCAGCUGGCGAGGGCUUGAGGCUAUGCCUGCCUGAGAGGGACUUUGGGGUUGGGCAGGACAGGAUGGAUGCUACAGUCACCAGCAUGGAAAGCAGCAGAGCCACCCUGUGUGUGCUCAGUUGCCAGGCCCUGGAAAGUCUCUGGUGCAAUCUGGAGUUAAGGCUCGCCACCUACCGCUUGGUGGCCAAGCCUGGGACUGCUCGCCUCCUGCUGCUAUUUCUGGAGCCUAUCAAUAGGCAGCAGUUAAACGGCUACCAACGCCUUACCAGGUGGCUACAGAAGGAGGACUACUUCUAUUUGCCCCAAGGGAGAGUUGAAUGGAACACCUUCUGUGAGCAACUUCGGAGAAGGCUAAGGAAAGCUGGACUAGAGAGAGAGGAUUAA